UGGAGCAUGGUUGAUAGUUGUGGUAUUUGCAUAAAUUAAACUAAGAAUAUUACGAAAAUAUUUUUAUUUAAUAACAAAUAUACAUAAUUUUAAGGUUGUAGAAAUUUUUUAACAAAACAUAAUUGUAUAUUCGAUUACAAUGACUGAAGAGCAUAUUGGUUUCCUAUAUAAUGCGGCCUCAGUAAUUGCUCAAAAAGAAGUAAACGACAGUUAUAAUAAGUUGCGAAGUUAUUAUUUAAUGCGAUGUAAAGAAAUGACUAGAGGUUAUGGAUUACCUAAAAAGCUGUUUUCUGAAAAAAGUAGAUGUUCAUAUUGUUGUCUUGAUUGGGACAGUAAGUCUCAAACAAAGAUAAGACCUUUUAAAUUAAGUAAACGGCAAAGAAAAAGAAUUCGAUGUAAUGUUAAAAAUAAGGCACCAUAUAAAAGAGAGUGUUUGCUUUAUAGCAAUGAAAUGGAAAAUAUCUGUUCAUUUUGUAAAAAGAGUAUAAAAAUUCCUAUAUUGAAACCCAGUAAAACAAAAAAACUAAUAGAGGAUGAAAAUGAUGAAAUUUCUGAGGAUCUAGUAAAGCCUAAAAAUAAAAAAGUAAAAUUUAAAAAAUUAAAAAUAGACGAGAAGCUCCAGUCGGAAGUAUAUUGUAAAUCCAAAAUUGCAUUUUCUUUAAAUAAACAGAAAAACACCUUACCAAGUAGCGUAAAAGUUAAGGCAAAGAUAAUAAAAAAUAGCAAGAAAAAAAAGGACAAAUUUGCUGGCCUCUGUCAAACAGCAGUAAUUGCAGCUACAAAAUUAAAACAAGAAAAAGAGAAAGAGAAUAAACUUAAUCUCUUUCUUAAACCGUCAUUAUAAAAAUAUGUGUAUGUAAUUGUAGUCUAUUAAAUUAUGUUGAUUUA